AUGCCUACCUCCAGUAAGACCGAGAAGAUCCAGAAGACGUACCACACGAAAGCUACGGGUAACGCCCUCGCAACAGCCGAAUCUCACGGCAAGGAGAGCCCCCUCCAGCUGUACGGCUCCUGUUUCUGCCCCUUCGUUCAACGCGUUUGGAUCGCACUUGAGCAUAAUGGGCUUCAGUAUCAAUACCUUGAGAUCGAUCCGUACAAGAAGCCGAAGGCGUUGACGGACAUCAAUCCUCGGGGUUUGGUGCCGGCGCUCCGCGAUGGAGACUGGGGUUCGUACGAGAGUACCGUGUUGAUGGAGUACCUGGAGGAUGCGUACCCAGAGAAGAGGUUGUUGGGGACUGACGCGAAGAAGAGAGCCGAGAACCGGUUGUGGGCGGAUCAUGUCAACCGGCACCUCGUCCCUUCAUUCUACCGCUUUCUGCAAACCCAGAUGCACGAAACUGAGAAAUCCAACGCCGCAAAGAAAGACUUUGAUGAUGCCGUCCGCAAACUCGUGGAUAACGCCCACCCUCAAGGUCCCUUUUUUGCGGGAAAGGAGCUUGGGUGGGUAGACGUCAUGGCCGCACCCUGGAUCUUGCGCAUUCCGAGGGUGUUGAAGCCAUAUCGUCAAUACGAUGGCCCAGAUUCUGAGAGGUACAAGAAAUGGAUUGAGGCGAUGGAGAGGAAUGAGGCAGUUAUGGCUACGGUUAGCGGGGACGAGCUGUAUCUCGACUCGUAUGAGAGGUAUGCGGAGGACCGGCCGGGGACGAGUCAGGUUGCGGAGGCGACGAGGAGUGGGAAAGGGUUGCCUUGA